UCCCCGUUUUCGACACCCAAUCAUUUAGCCAGGAUUCGUACACAUAAUUUACGGCACAUUCACGGUAGGUUGAGCCGGCUGAGGUCCAUAGAAAUUUGACAGCUUCACAGGUGAGACAACCGUCCAGAGGCUGUUUCACUUUACAUUUCAGUUUUUUCCCAGAGCACUAUUCACUGUGAGCCUGGGGUUGCCACAGUCAAAAAACAACCAUUCGAAGUCAAACCAUUCCGGCAGCAUGAGCAAAAAGAAAAAGGACUGGAAGAAUGAAAAAGAGAGACUGCUCCGUCUGGAUCGGGAGGAGAGACGGAAGGAGUAUCGUCGUCAAGAUUUUAUAUCUUUGGACAAGAUCCCUUCCUGGAGAGAGGAAAAUAGACCCAAUGACAAAGAGGAAGGGAAGGAGCUGACAGGUGGAGGAGGGCCGAGUGAUAAAGUAUCUCUCUACAAAGGAGAUAUUACCGUCUUGGAGGUGGAUGCCAUAGUCAAUGCUGCAAACUCCAGUCUUCUGGGAGGAGGGGGUGUGGAUGGCUGCAUACACAAAGCGGCGGGGUCCUGUCUGUAUGAUGAGUGCCACUCUCUAAAUGGCUGUGAAACCGGCAAAGCCAAGAUCACCUGCGGCUAUGAUCUCCCUGCAAAAUAUGUGAUCCACACCGUGGGCCCGGUGGCCAGAGGUCAUGUGGGCCCUACCGAGACCAAUGACCUCACCUCCUGCUACCAGAACUCCCUCAGGCUGAUGAAGGAGCAUGACUUGAGCACUGUGGCCUUCCCAUGUAUAUCCACAGGCAUCUAUGGUUUUCCGAAUGAGCCCGCAGCUGAAAUUGCUCUGAACACAGUGAAGAGCUGGAUCGAAGAGAAUUCUGAUAAGAUCACACGGGUCAUUUUCUGUGUCUUCCUCGAGACAGACUUUGCCAUCUACAAGAAGAAGAUGUCUGUUAUAUUUCCAGACAAUGAGAUGGAGGUUACAGAGGAGCAGCUGACGGGAGAUAACGCAUCACCAUCCAAGAAAUCCACAACCAAGGAAGAGAGUGAAGACAGUAACAGAGUAAUGGAGUGUGUUCUUGGUCAGUAA